ACCUGGCAACCCAGAAGUGGCGUCUGCUCACCGCGAACGAGCACGAGAAGAGCUUAGUACGAAAAACGGAUCCAUGAAACCAACAACCUGUUGAUUCACAAAACACCAGCGUUGUUGUUGUUGUUGUUGAACGGGGGAAAUGAGAGCCGUUCUUGCGUGGAAGGAAACCAUUCGUGACCAAUGUGUUUAUGACCUUGCCUUCAAGCCAGAUGGCAGCCAGCUCAUCAUCGCCGCAGGGCUUCGUGUCCUUGUUUACGACGCGGCAGAUGGGGCAAUCGUACAGCCUUUAAAGGGACACAAAGACAUAGUGUACUGCGUGGCCUACGCCAAAGAUGGAAAGAGGUUUGCCUCCGGGUCAGCGGACAAAAGCAUCAUCAUCUGGACGUCUAAACUGGAGGGUAUUUUAAAAUACACACACAAUGACUCUAUUCAGUGUGUUGCCUACAACCCUGUCACUCACCAACUGGCCUCUUGCUCCUCUGGUGACUUUGGUUUGUGGUCACCGGAGCAAAAGUCUGUGAACAAACAUAAAGUCAGCAGCAAAAUAACCUGUUGUGGGUGGACAAAUGAUGGCCAGUAUCUGGCCCUCGGCAUGAUGAAUGGAGUAGUGAGCAUACGGAACAAGAACGGAGAGGAGAAGGUUAAGAUCGAGCGACCAGGAGGCUCCUCCUCUCCUAUCUGGUCCAUUGCAUGGAACCCUUCAAAGGAUGAACAUAAUGACAUUCUGGCUGUGGCAGACUGGGGUCAGAAGCUCUCCUUUUACCAGCUCAGUGGAAAGCAGAUUGGGAAAGACAGGACGCUCACCUAUGACCCGUGUUGCGUCAGCUACUUUUCAAAGGGCGAAUACAUAGUGAUGGGCGGUUCCGACAAACAGGCCUCGCUCUACACAAAAGACGGCGUGAGACUUGGCACCAUCGGCGAGCAGAAUGCCUGGGUGUGGACGUGCCGGGUCAAACCUGACUCCAACUUUGUGGUGUUGGGCUGCCAGGAUGGGACCAUCGCCUGCUAUCAGCUCAUCUUCAGCACCGUUCACGGACUCUACAAAGAUCGCUACGCCUAUAGAGACAGCAUGACAGAUGUCAUUGUCCAGCAUCUCAUCACGGAACAAAAAGUGAGGAUCAAAUGUCGUGAGCUGGUGAAGAAGAUCGCCAUCUACAGAAACCGCCUCGCUAUCCAGCUGCCAGAGAAGAUCCUCAUCUAUGAGCUCUACUCUGACGACUCCUCAGACAUGCACUACCGCAUCAAGGAGAAGAUUUGCCGGAAGUUUGAGUGCAACCUGCUGGUCGUCUGUUCCCAGCAUAUCAUCCUGUGUCAGGAGAAGCGGCUCCAGUGUCUGUCCUUCACCAGUGUCAGGGAAAAGGAGUGGGUGAUGGAGUCCCUAAUUCGCUACAUCAAAGUAAUUGGUGGUCCGCCAGGAAGAGAGGGCCUACUAGUGGGGUUAAAGAAUGGAGCUAUCCUGAAGAUAUUUGUUGACAACCCGUUUCCCAUCACGCUGCUGAAGUUGUCGACGUCAGUGCGCUGCCUGGACAUGAGCGCCUCGCGCAACAAGCUGGCUGUGGUGGACGAGCACAACACUCUCCUGGUCUAUGACAUCAACAGUAAAGAGCUGCUUUUUCAGGAGCCUAAUGCCAACAGUGUGGCGUGGAACACCCAGUGUGAAGACAUGCUGUGCUUCUCUGGCAACGGCUACCUGAACAUCAAGGCGAGCAACUUCCCGGUGCACCAGCAGAAGAUGCAAGGUUUCAUGGUCGGCUACAACGGCUCCAAGAUCUUCUGUCUGCACGUCUACUCCAUGUCGGCGGUGGAGGUGCCUCAGUCAGCACCCAUGUAUCAGUACCUGGAGAGGAAGAUGUUCAAGGAGGCCUAUCAGAUCGCCUGUCUGGGUGUGACGGACAGUGACUGGAGGGAUUUAGCUACAGAAGCCCUGGAGGGACUUGACUUUGACACAGCCAAGAAGGCGUUCAUUAGAAUCAGAGACCUGCGAUACCUUGAGCUCAUAAAUAGCAUUGAGGAGAGGAAAAAGCGAGGUGAGAACGACAAUGAGCUGUUCCUGGCAGACGUCUGUGCCUACCAGGGGAAAUUCCACGAGGCAGCCAAACUCUACAAACGCACCGGCCACGAAUCCAGAGCCCUGAGCAUGUACACUGACCUGCGCAUGUUUGAGUACGCCAAGGAGUUUGUGGGAGCGACAGACCCUAAGAGUUCUCGGAUCCUCAUGACCAAGCAGGCCGACUGGGCCAGGAGCAGCAAAGCGCCGCGGGCAGCGGCAGAGAUGUACCUGUCAGCUGGAGAACAUCUCAAAGCCAUAGACAUCAUAGGCGAGCAUGGCUGGGCAGACAUGCUCAUCGACAUCGCUCGUAAGUUGGACAAGGCCGAACGCGAGCCGCUGGGAAAAUGUGCGCUCUACUUCAAGAAGCUGAAGCACCACGGUUAUGCCUCAGAGACCUAUUCCAAGAUGGGAGACCUGCAAGCUCUGGUGCAGCUGCAUGUGGAAACACGGCACUGGGACGAGGCCUUCUCACUGGUGGAGAAACACCCCCAGUUCAAAAAUGACGUCUUUGUCCCGUACGCCCAGUGGCUGGCUGAGAACGAUCGCUUUGAGGAGGCACAGAAGGCCUUUCACAAAGCGGGGCAACAGAACAAAGCUGUGAAGGUCCUGGAGCAGCUCACCCACAAUGCAGUGGUGGAGAACAGGUUCAACAAUGCGGGCUACUACUAUUGGAUGUUGUCUAUGCAGUGUCUGGACAUCGCUAGAGAGAGCGAUAAACAGAGGGAGGAGAUGCUGAAGAAGUUUGAGCAUUUUCAGCAUCUCGCCGAGCUCUACCACGUCUAUCACUCCAUUCAGCGCUACACAGAUGAGCCCUUUAGCUCCCACAUGCCAGAGACUCUCUUCAACAUCUGCAGGUUCCUCCUGAACAACCUGACCAAGAACAUACCACCGGGCAUUUCUAAAGUCAACACCUUGUAUGCGUUGGCUAAGCAGAGUCAAAAACUGGGUGCGUACAAACUAGCCCGGUCUGCUUACGAGAAGCUCCAGGAGCUGCACAUUCCCUCUCGCUUCCAGGAGUCCAUAGAACUGGGCAGCCUCACUAUUUGCACCGAACCUUUUCACGACAGUGAGGAUCUGAUCGAGGGCAUGAUGUGCUACCGCUGCUCCACCAACAACCCACUGCUGAACAACAAGGGGAGCAUGUGCGUCAACUGCAAGCAGCCUUUCAUCUACUCUGCUUCAUCAUACGAGGUUCUGCCCCUGGUUCAGUUUUACCUUGAGGACGGUAUCAGCGACGAGGAGGCGGUGUCGCUCAUUGACCUGGAGGUUCCUCCCGUGGACAAGAGGGACUCGCGCUGGCAGCACAUGGACAAUGGUGAGCUGCAGACGUUGAGGAUGGAUGACGGCGUCGAUGAUGCAGAGGAAGAUCCGUUCAUAGCCAAAAUGAGCUUUGAGCAGGGGGGGUCGAACUUUGUUCCCGUCAAGGUGAGUCGCUCUGUGCUGCGCUCCAUGAGCAGGAGGGACGUCCUGAUCAAGCGCUGGCCCAGACCACUCAAGUGGGAAUACUUCCGCUCCCUGCUGCCUGAUGUCAGCAUCACCAUGUGCCCCACCUGCUUCAAGAUGUUUCACAGCGAGGAUUAUGAACUUCUGGUGCUUCAGCACAACUGCUGCCCUUACUGUCGCCGACCAAUCGACGAACCAAACUGAGCAACGCCAAUAUCGUACCACGGCUAUCUUUUUUUUACACAUUCCAGUUUACAUUUUAUUUUGUGACUCUUAAAUUCUGAUUAUUCUGGUCUUUAUACUACAGUUACUGUCAUUUACUAAUAGACUUCUUUCUAUUUGUUGUCAAGUUGAUAAAUGUGGGAGAUGCUGCUUCUCAAGCUGCUUCUCAACAGAGAAGCCAAGGUGCCUGACUAAGUGACUUGUGUAAUACCUGGAGUGUUUGUGUGUAACAAAAGUGCUUCAUCAGCUCAUCUGCCCUGUUGGAUUAUUAGGAUCAGAUUACCUCGAGCUGUCAUUGAUUACAUCACCACUUUAAAGGGAAUAUAGGUGUACAGUGUAAAAGAAAAAACAUUAUUUAAAAACACAAUCAUUCAGAAAAAGGCCAGAGAUCUGCCAUCAAGUUCAUCCCACACAAUCUGUACUGAAUAUAGGAUUAUAUACAUAUAUAUAGGAUAUAAUGUUAGAUAAAGCUAUUAUUCACAAAGUGAAUUGUAAAUUACACCAAAUCAAAACAUUUGUUGAGAUUUGACGCUUGGCAAAUGAAGUCAAGUGCAUUCCACACAAUCAUAGACUGAGACUCCGCUUUGUUUUAAAACACUAUAGGAUAUUUAUCAUGUGUUGUUUAGAGAUAAGAAAGUAUUUUUAUAUUCUUAUGAGUGGAAAAAAAGCAUU